AAAUAAUCCAAUAAAAUAAAAUUAAAAUUUGAAGUUUGCUUACAUAUUUAGAAAAAGUCAGGGUAGACUAAUGGUAGUAUACUAGGAAGAUGACAAGCUCAAAUGCAUCAAAUCAAAUCUCAUUAGAAAGUGUAGAAACUGCGAGGAACCAGGGGAUUGAACACUUUAUGAUAAGUUUUACAGACUUGUUAGGAGUCCACAGAAGCAAACUAAUUCCAGUCCGGGCCCUAGACCAGCUGACAGGAGGUCAAGGUCACGAUUUAGGGGUAGCACAAAUUUUUGGCCUUGGACCUACAUCCUCUGAUAUCUUUGCAAGAAUAAGUGAUGCUUCACAGUGUAUACGGUUACCAUGGGAACCAUCUAUUGUUUGGGCACCUGUAGACUUAUAUGUAGAUGGGGAGCCCCUGAAUAGAUCACCUAGGUGGGCACUGAAGAACCAAGUUGCAAAAGCUAAAGAACUUGGAUAUGUCAUGAAAAGUGGAGUGGAAGUCGAAUUUAUUCUCAUGGAAUUAGAGGGAAAGAAAUGUGCUGACCAAAAUUUUGUGCAAGGUUUACCCUUUCAUGAUGCGCAGAGGUUGUACCGAAGGAGAGAGUUCCUAACUAAGAUUUUGAAAUAUACAGAAGAGCUUGGCUGGGAACCAUAUGGGCUUGUAGCUGAGGGAAAUUAUGGCCAGUUUGAACUUAAUUAUGGAUUCUAUGAUGCAUUGACAACUGCUGAUAGACACCUCUUCUUCAAGUUUAUGGUAAAGGAGAUAGCAAGAGAAUGUGGGUAUAGAGCAACAUUUAUGCCCAGACCUCUACACACGGUAUGCAAUAAUGGGUGUCAUGUGCAUGUGUCUUUAUGGGACUCAUCAAACAAAAAUCUGUUUCCAAAAGAAACUGGGCUCUCAGAGAUUGCUCAUCAGUUUAUAGGUGGCGUUCUAAAGCAUGCUCAGGCAUCAAUGGCAUUUGUAGCACCCACUGUGAACAGUUAUAAAAGAGUGAACAGUAAAGAAUGGUGUCCGUUCACAGUGUCUUACUCGGGGAACAAUAGAUGUCACUUGAUUCGCAUUCCAGACAAAGAAAGGAUAGAGAUCCGUCACCCUGAUACUUCAGCCGACCCCUACCUCUUGCAGGCUACAAUACUAGCAUCUGGACUUGAUGGCAUUAGGAAUGCAAUAGAUCCUGGGCCGCCAAGAUUCGACAAUCUAUUUGACUCCAAAAUAAAGGACCACGGCCUUCCAUUAUUACCAACAAAUUUAAAGGAAGCUCUGACAGCUUUGAAACAGGAUGUAUACUUCACUGAACAAUUUGGGGAACCCCUCGUUGAUGCGUUUUUGGACACUAAAACCAGAGAAUGGGGAGAAUAUAGCCAGGUGCUAACUGACUGGGAGUUAAAUCAUUAUUUAGAUUGUUAAUCAAUUGAGCAUCUGAGCAAAAGAGGGUGCUAUCAGCACAAGAUACAUGUAUACCAUGCACAAAUGAAAGAAUUAAUUAAUCGGUAAUU